CCGAGCAGCCGCAGCUCCGGGAGCGCUGGCGAACUCGGCUGUCCUUACGGCUCUCAGAAGACGGCAACACCAGCAGAAUCUUCAUGGUGAGAAGCGCCAGCCCUGAGCCCCGGAGGAGACCCCGGCCCUGCGACGUCAGGAAGAGGACCGGCGCUGUCCCCGACAAAGCCCGGUCCCCACGGGGCCCGCACACGGCCGCACCCCAGCCGUCGCCCGGCCCAGCCCCUGCUCCCAGCUCUCCUGGGGCGCCGGGAGCAGCAGGGCUGAGCGGGGCCAUCGCAGCCCUCGGGGUGACUGACGUGUUGUCCUUCCUCCCACAGAUGUUUGUGAAGUACCUGCAGCCCUCUGAACGGUUGGGCGUCUUCCUCGCUGCCAUCAAGAGCAUGAGAGCCCCGAAUCCCCGCAGCACCAAGCUGGCUGCCCACAUGGUGGACGUGCUGGCGGCAGAGACCGACUUCCAUUCGGGACAGGUGCUGAACAUCGUGUGGGCCAUCUACAGAACCCUGCCGUCCGUCAGAGCCGCGCUGGCCCUUCAGAGCCUGGACAGGGCCCUGCUGGAGCUGGCCAGCAAGCGCCCCAGGGAGACGGUUGCCAGCCUGCUGCAGUGCUCGCCGACCUGCACCAGGUACGGGGCCCGCCAGGGCUCCUCUCGCACACCCCCAAAGACGUCAGCCAGGCCGGAGGCGGGCCCGCUGACAGCCCUGGGGUCCCGCAGCGUCGCCGUCACCAUGUGGAGGGCGAUGGUCUCCCAGCCCCCGGCCACGGAGAAGGUGCUGCAGGAGCUGCUCCGCGUGCUUAUGAACCGAUCUCAGCGCACGACGUCUACCUCCAUCAGGGAAAACCCACGCAUCCUCACCCUGGCCGAUGGGGCCGGGACAGAGCCUGGGUGCUUUCUGCAGGCAGCAAGGACCGUCCACGAGAUCCUCCAGCUGCCUAGCUGCCUGAAGGAGGCGAAGGCCAUUUUCCCCCAGCUCUUCCUGGCCCUCCUCGUCCAAGUGUCCUUCACCACGGAGCUGACGCUGCAGGAGGUGCAGGUCUUCCGGCAGAAGCACCGGCAGGACCUGCUCACUCCCAUCAGGUCCACGGUGCAGUCCCUGAAAGCGCUGCUCCGCAGCGUGGGCCUGGGGAGCCAGGUGCUGGCCAUCGAGGCGCAGGGCGGCUGGGCCGCGCUUCUCAGCGCCGAGAGCCACCUCUGGGGCGUGCAGGUGGUGGCCAGGGAAAUGAAGGAGUUGCCCGGAAGCCUGCGUGCCACCAUCAUCCGCCACCUGGCUGAGCUGCUCAGCAUGGAGGACUCCUCCUGGGAGAUGGUGGCCAUGGUCUUCCUCAGCAAGAUGCUGGAGUGCACAGACCUCGGCAACGAGCUGGACUGCGUCGUGAGCCUCUUUGCCACCUACCUGCGGAGCCAGUGCCUGGGCAUGCAGAGCCUGGUGCUCAGGGCGAUCCUGGGGCUCACCGAGAGGCCGGACACGGUGAGCAGGGGCAGCCGGCAACACCACGAGUGCAGCGGCUUGGGCUGGGCUGGCCCCGGGCUGUUGUGGCUCGGCACCUUUCCAGGCAGCGGGGAAGGGGCGGCAGGGGGCCGGCGCUGUGCGUCCAUCCCCGCGCCUCCGGCUCUCUUUCUUUGGGGCUGUGCCGGGCAGCCCUGCCGGCCAGCACCACGCUGUCCCAUGGGGAGAAGGCAGCGGGAAGGCUGGGAUCGGAGAGUGUUUUCGCCCAGGUGGCAGGCAUUGCUUUACCCAAAGGAAGGUGUUUUUUUCACACAGGCAAGGCAAACACUCGUCCUGCUGCCGAGCAUCACAGAGCAGCUGCAGGGUGCAGACAGCGACACCCGCACUGUCGCUCUGCCCGUGCUCAGCACCAUGCUGCGGCUCCUGGAGGGGAGGACGCUCAGCCUCACGGCUCUGGGGCUGGCCGGCAAGCUCCCAUCACUCUUUGACGACGAGUCAAGCGCAGUGCGGGUUCUCUCUGUUCGCCUCUUCCUCGACACGCUGGGCUUUGUGGAGAGCAGUGAAAAGAAGAAGAUGCAGAAGGAGGUGUGCAGGAGCCUUCUCCCGCUGUCCUUCCACCUGCACGACCAGGACGAGAGCGUGGCCGAGGCCUCCCGCGAAGCCCUCCUUGGUGUCGCGCGGUUCCUGCGCUGGAGGCAGCUGGCGCACCUGGCCGAGACGGUGCAGACCUGUAAGAUCGGCGAGUGCCUGCUGGCCAGGAGGAGGAGCGGAGCAGAGGAGUACCUGGGCCAGAGCCUGCCCUACCUGCAGAGCCUGCAGGAGCCCCUGCGGCGGGAGGCUGUGAGGUUCAUCGGGCUCGUGGGGAGGCACCUGGUGGAUCAGCGCAAGAACAAGAGCCAGUACAUCUGCGAAGGUGAGCCAGGGAGGGGGAUCGCAGGGCAGCCGCCAGGUGACGCGCCCGUCCCCUGCUCCCUCCUGGCUGGGCGGAGAGCUGGGGGCAACGUCUGCGGGGGGCCGGGCGCUCUGCGGGUACAGGGCCGUCACCUCGCCUCUCCUUCUCUGUUCUCUCAGUCCUUCAAGGCUUGAGGCAAGACCCCUGCGAGUCGGUCUCUUCGCUGGCAGUUCAGACAGUGCUGAUCCUGCAAGCAGCAAGGCCGCGCUCGCGGUUCAGCUUUCGGCAGCUGUGCUCCAGGCUGCAGAAGGCGUGGAGGA